AUGUGUGGUGGUUCAGCUUGUCCUCAUCUCCGCGCUCGCCCUCCGCGUAUAGCACCAUGGUCAUCAAACUCGACUCCCCUCAGCCCGUCUUUUCUCUGCCUGGCCUCGACGUCCCUGAUGAAGACGAGGAUCGCCCUGCGAACGGCUCUUCGCUGAGCACUGUCGGUUCCCUGGGACUCUCGGAGAUUGUCUUCGGUGCGGCCGCGCUGUCUACGAUCUACAACAAGGACGAGCACCUCAGCAGCUUCACGCCCGUGCGCACUGUCCGGCUGGCUCUGCGCUACGGAGUGAACGCGUUCGAUACGUCCGCCUACUAUGGCGAGUCCGAGAUCGUGUUGGGCACCGCGCUCAAAGCCCUCGAGGUCGACUUCCCCCGCUCCGCAUACAAGCUCAUGACCAAAUGCGGCCGCUACGGCAGUCCCCGCUCAGACUUUGACUACUCGCCCGCGACCCUUCGUGCCAGCAUCCAGCGCAGCCUCAAGCGGCUCAACACGACCUAUCUCGACGCGGUCUAUCUCCAUGACGUCGAAUUUGUCGCGACCCAGGUUGGCCCACGCGAAGAUGGCCACCCCACUGACGCGCUGAAGCCGGAGAACCUCGAGAAGUACGGACUCGCAGAUGGCCAGGAGAGCAAGGUUUGGGGCGACGGCGACCAGCUCGUUCUCGAUGGCCUCGUGGAGCUGCAGAAGAUGAAAGACGAGGGGAUUGUCAAGGCCAUCGGCAUCACCGGCUACCCGCUCCCCACCCUCCUCCGCCUCGCGCUGCUCGUGCUGCACACCGCGCCGUACAAGCCGCUCGACGUGCUCCUCUCCUAUUCGCACCUCACCCUCCAGAACAGCGCGUUCGCCGAGUUCGCGCCGCUCCUCCGCGAGCGCGCACGCGUCGGCCAGCUGCUCACCGCGUCCCCGCUCAACAUGGGCCUCCUCACGCCGAACCCGCCCAAGUGGCACCCCGCGCCUCCUGAACUGAAGGAGGCGGUGAAAAAGGUUGAGGAGGCCUGUGCGGACUGGGACGGUAGGAUGGUGAACAUCGCGGUGGGGUAUGGGUACAGGAAGGCGGCUGAGCUGAGUGUGCCGAUGGUGGCCGGCCUGAGCAAUCCGCGCGAGGUUCAUGAGAGCAUGCGAGCCUGGCGCGAUCUGAAGCAGAGCUCAGAGAAGAGGAUUGCUCAGGAGCAGAAAGCCUUCGAAAUUUUCGACGGAUACCAAGGUUGGUCGUGGGCUUCGCCUCCCGACAACUUGUUGUAGAGAGCUUCACGUAACACCACUUUGAAUGGCCCCGGACUCUCCUCGCA